ACCUUGGUUAAGAUGCUGAGAGGUUCCAGUCCUCCUCCCAUCAGAGCUGGGAUUGUCCUGGUGAAACUCUCACUGUGCCUAUGCAGCGCUCUGUUCACAACACUUUCAGCUCUCCUGGAGCAGCGUGGUAAGUCUGUUAACUCAUUAACACCUCCAGCUUACAGGAGACUUGGCUUCCAGCCCCUCCAGCAGCCCAAGGUUCCCCGCUCCAGGAAGUUUUUUCGGCAGUUUCUGUUUUGGUUUCUUUUCCUGCUGAGCCAGGCUGGCUGGCAGCUCCCACCAUGAAGCUGCUGAAGGCUGCUGUGAUUUUUGUUCUUGCGCCCACUCUGUCACCGGCGGCGGCGCUGGAGCCGCUCAGCGUGGGCCUGGCCAUCGGCGUGGCCUCGGCGCUCACCGGCUACCUGUCGCACCCCAGGUUCUACUGCAGCUACGUGGAGUGCUGCCCCCGCGCCGGGCAGCGCCUCAACGCCACCGCGCUGAAGGCGCAGCUGGACAACAGGCUCUUCGGGCAGCACCUGGCCAAGGACGUGGUGCUGAAGGCGGUGCUGGGCUUCAGCAACAACCCCAGCCCCAAGAAGCCGCUGAUGCUGUCGCUGCACGGCUGGGCCGGCACCGGCAAGAAUUACCUGAGCCAGAUCCUGGCGGAGCAGGUGCACCCCGCCGGCCUGCGCAGCAAGUUCGUGCAUCUCUUCCUGGCCACCCUGCACUUCCCCCACCACGACCAGGUCAAGCUGUACAAGGAACAGCUGCAGAACUGGAUUCGAGGCAAUGUCAGUGCCUGUCCCUCCUCUGUCUUCAUUUUUGAUGAGAUGGACAAAAUGCAUCCAGGUGUCAUUGAUGCCAUCAAGCCCUUCUUAGACUAUUAUGAGGAGGUUGAUGGGGUGUCCUACAGGAAAGCCAUCUUCAUCUUCCUCAGCAAUGCAGGGGGUGAUUUAAUUAACAAAGCAGCUCUUGACUUCUGGGCGAGUGGAAAGCGCAGGGAAGAUAUUCAGCUGAAAGACCUGGAGCCCUUGCUCUCUGUAGGAGUCUUCAACAACAAGAACAGUGGGCUGUGGCACAGCAGCAUCAUUGACAGGAACCUGAUUGAUUACUUUGUCCCUUUCCUGCCCCUGGAGCAAAGGCACGUGAAGAUGUGUGUGAGGGCUGAAAUGGCAGCCCGUGGCUAUGCUGUGGAUGAGAAGAUUGUUCAGGAAGUGGCAGAUGAGAUGACCUACUUCCCCAAGGAGCAGAGGAUCUACUCUGAUAAAGGCUGCAAGACUGUGCAGGCCAAGCUGGAUAUUCAUGAAGACUUUGUGAUGAGAGAUACGAACACCAGGGCUUGAUUUCCACUCUGAGUCUCCACAGCACUUUUGGAGCUUUUGGAAAUCUGUGUAUUUGCACUUACACUUUUUUACUGUUGCAGGGAGUAUGGUGAAAAUACCAGAGUGAGCUGUAUGGGCUUUGUAGCUUGUGUGUUU